AUGAGUGAUGAAGAUCAAGACAUGUCGGAUGGCGGAGCAGCGUUGACAAUGACUCUUUCCCACGCAGAAGAGCUGAAUGCCGAGCUGGACCUACUGGACGCGGAAGUCAUGGGCCAUGACAAUUUGGUUGGACUUUUCCUGGAGACUCACUACCCCUUGAUAACCGAGAAUCCAUUUCAAUACUCCAAUUCAUUCACCGCUCCGGAUCCUUAUCCAGACGAGUCUCUUGGUCAGCCAGAAGAUGUUGCGGAUGCAUACAUGCAAGGAACCGCCGAUGCUACCAACUUACCAACAUCGUUGUCUGCAGUGUCUCUCCAAUUACAGCAUAUUCAAGAUGGACAGGAGCAUGAGGAGUCCGCUGAGACCGCGGAUGAGCUGCACGGAGCAGCAUUCAUAAACAACAGUACUCCCUCCAUUCUCUUGCCCUUCCUCUCCUCUCCUGCCGCCAGCAAUCUCAGUCUUGGGAAUGCUCCACAGGCGGAUUUCGUUUCACUGGGAGAGAUAAACCUCCCGCAGGCCUCAGCUAGCCCAGCAAACCAACCUCUGCUGGGGGGCACUGAAGCAUGGACUCCACUUCCUGCAUUGGAUGUUGCGAUGCCACCUCAGGUCCUGCAGCCUACUAUUCCCCACCCCUUCCUUUCUAACUUUCCAACUGCUCUUUGGGAGAUCAGUUCCGAUACUGACCCGAAUGAAGUGGAUGACCAGUCCAAUCUAGGCCUGGGAGAGUUCCUCUACAACUGGGGCGUGUCAACCUCUCUCAGUGAAGAAUCUAGGAAGCGUUCAAGGGGCCCAGCCUUGCCAGCACUCUACAGGCAAAGAUCCGAAAAGCUUCUUCCGGUGCAAGUAAGCGACCUCCAAGGAGACAGAUGUGACAUUCAGCGAAUCAAUUGGAAGGAGCUCGGAGUAUCAAGAUUGGAUGCAAGACAAAUGAGACGUUCAACAUACAGAAACUACACAAAUCUGAGAUUCUCCCACCAGUGGCAUCCACGGCUCAAUGGCGCCAGAUUAUCAGACGACCAGGACUAUUUCAGGUUCCGCCGAAUGGAUUUCGACCAAAACGUCAGUCUGUCACACUUUCAAUUACGAAAUCUUAUGGCUUGUGCCUCUCGGGACCACGUCUUCUAUGCGGGGAAGUCAAUGAUUCACCAAUGGAAUCCCAAGAGUGGCCUGAGCCCCGACACUGCCAUGGAUCUGACCGACCCCACCGUGCAACCAUUUCAUUCCUUCCAAGGAGGAAUACAAAUCUCAACUCUAACAGUCGCUCAUGACAUUCUGGUUGCUGGAGGAUUUUGCGGUGAGUACGGAUUGGUCAAUUUGAGAGCUGAGAAAAACACCAAGCACACAGAAGGUCUCAUCACAGAUCAUCCCAACAGCAUCACAAACCACGUCCAAGUUCACCUGUCGCGCAACUCCUCUCUUCCGUUGGCGUCCUUCUCAUCAAACGAUAUGGGGAUGCGUGUUCUUGAUAUCAGCACCAAUAAGUUCAUCGCGGAACACAAAUACGAACACGCAAUCAACUGCAGCGCAGUGUCUCCAGAUCAACGUCUUCGAGUUCUUGUUGGCGACACACGCUCAGUAAUGAUCUGCAACGCAGAAACUGGCGAUAUCCUCCAGAAUCUUGAAGGUCACCGUGACUAUGGAUUCGCCUGCGACUGGGCAGAUGACGGUUGGACAGUGGCCACUGGAAAUCAAGACAUGCAAGUUAAGAUUUGGGAUGCGCGGAAGUGGACAACUUCAAACGGUCUUGCCUGUCCCAUCGCUACAGUGGCGGCUGAGAUGGCUGGUGUCAGAAAGCUGAAGUUUUCUCCCUUGGGCUCUGGGAAGAGAGUCUUACUUGCAGCCGAGCCAGCGGAUUUCAUCAAUGUGAUCGACGCGGAAAGCUUCACCAGCAAGCAAGUGCUAAGUUUCUUUGGAGAAAUCGGCGGCCUAGACUUCACAAAUGAUGGCCAGGAUCUCUACGUGGCGAUCUGUGAUAAUAUGAGAGGAGGCAUUAUGGAGUUUGAGAGGUGCGACUUAGCCAGCAACAGUCUCUACAACCUUGAGGAGUAUGAAGACAACAAGGCCCGAAGACGGCAUAGGAGAAGACGUGAAGGAUAUGACUGGGCGGCAACCGAUGAUGAUGUUGUUAAUCACCCGAAGUCGAGAGGAACACAUGAACAACGUCUGCGAAAAGCUGCUGCUUUGGGCACUACGAUGGGUCAUUUUUAG